AUGUCGAGCGGCGGAGGCCCACCCCAGCGGGGCGGCCGCCGCGGAAAAGGUAACGACCGUGGUAAAGGACCAAGUGAAAACAGAGGCCGCGGUGGGAGAGGACGCGGAGGCUCUGAUCGUGGCGCAGACCGUGGAGGUGGCCGUGGCCGAGGUCGUGGCUCUUCCCACGAUCUACCAUAUCGUCCGGCGCCAGGCGACUCUGGCAGAGGCGGCUUCAGAGGUCGCGGUGGUCGCGGUGGCCGUGGUGGUGGUCGAGGAGGUGGACACUUCGAUCAAGGUCCCCCUAGCUUCACCCCUGCCGGAGGCGUCCCAUCACCGAGCAGCAAGAUCACACAGACAGAAGAUGCCCUGGCAGCAGCCCUCACAAAGAGGAAAUCAUCGAUUGGAUAUCCCGAGCGUCCCGGUUAUGGUACGCAUGGACGAGAAGUCCAGCUCUUUGCCAACUACUUCGAACUAAAGUCUGUUGGCAAAAGCCUGUACCGUUACAGUAUCAAUAUCGAUGCUGGAUCAGCCCGCGACCCCGGGGCUAAAAAAGCAAAACGGAUUAUCUGUCUGUUGCUUGAGGAGCACUUUCCGCAGGUCCGCUCCAGUAUUGUAACCGACUAUAGGUCAACUAUGAUUUCAUAUCUGGAGAUCUUGAAUCAACAACAAGACCCAGUUACGUUCGAUAUCAUCUACCGGGGCGAGCAUGAGGAUGAGCCGCCGAAGAAGGUAGAAAAAUAUCGUGUUACCCUCAAUUUCACCGGUCAGGUUGAACCUACAGCACUUCUCGACUACCUGACUUCCUCCAAUGCAGCUCAGAUGUUCGAAGAAAAGGCCGGCAUCCUGCAGGCACUGAAUAUCGCGGCCGGCCAUUACCCCAAGUCCUCUACGUCCAUUGCUUCCCAUGGUGCCAACAAGCACUACGCAAUCCAGGAUGGCGCGGCGGAGAACUUCAAUUUGGGUGCCGGGCUCGAAGCUCUUCGGGGUUAUUUUGUGAGCGUUCGUGCUGCGACGGCACGUAUACUAGUAAAUGUUCAGGUCAAGUACGUCGCUUGCUACGAAGAUGGGCCCCUAAGCCAUGUUAUCCGCCAGUUCCAACUCGAAGGCAAGAAGGACACCUACAGCUUGAAAAAGUUUCUCUACCAUCUCAGAGUCCGCGUAACCCACAUCGAGAGAAGAAACAAAAAAGGAAUAGUUAUUCCAAGGAUGAAAAACAUUAUCAAUUUGGCAACUCCCCAGGAUGGACUCGCACUUCCGAACCCGCCAAGGGUCAAAAGGCUUGGUGCAGGUCCGAAAGACGUCCAGUUCUUUUUGGAUGCUCCAGGUCAAUCGAGUCAGCAAACCAGCUCUAAGAGUAAGAAGGGCAAGAAGCCGGCUGGCCCCGAACCAUCAGGGUUGUACAUCACUGUUGCAGACUUCUUUCAGAAAAAUUACAAUAUCCAAGUAGACCAUAAUAUGCCAGUUGUGAAUGUGGGAUCCAUAGCGAAGCCAUUAUACCUUCCAGUAGAGGUCUGCGAAGUCGAGGCUGGCCAACCAGCAACGGCAAAGCUUUCACCCAACCAGACAAGGGAGAUGUUGAAGUUUGCGGUUCGAUCCCCAGCACAAAAUGCUUCGUCGAUUGUUACAAAAGGGCUGGAAACACUGGGACUUGGAGAGCCGGUCAACGCCACUCUGGCAGGAUUUGGUAUACAAACCAACCCCAGUCUAAUCACGGUCCCAGGACGCGUUCUCCCGCCACCCAGUGUGCAUUACAGGGAUUCCAAGUCAUCAAAGGACAAGCGGAUUAAUACCAUUGGUGGCAGUUGGAAUAUGAAGUCGAUCAAAUUCUCGACCACCUCUAACCUCCUUAACUGGACUUGGGUCAAUAUCACACAGGGACAUAGGCCAAACUUUGCGGAUCAGGGAGAGCUGAACAGGUGUCUUGACAGGUUCACAGCAAAGCUUAAAGAAGUUGGAGUCGGUGCAAACCCUCCACUGCCAGGCACCGAGGUUACACUCAAGCGCGAAACCUAUGAGAGGGACAUCAACAAUGCGAUUGGUGACCUGAUGAACAAACGUCAACCGAAGUUGAUAUUGACAAUUCUCCCAUUUAAUGACACCGAAAUAUACAACUGUGUUAAACAAGCCUGUGAUAUCCGUCAUGGAGUGCGCAAUGUCAAUGUUCUCGCCGACCGUUUCAAAGGAUGCAGCGAGCAAUACUUCGCAAAUGUCGGCUUGAAAUUUAAUCUCAAACUCGGUGGUGUGAACCAAGUUGUCAAACCGAACCAGUUGGGAAUAAUUGGUGAAGGCAAGACAAUGCUCCUCGGUAUUGAUGUCACUCACCCGUCCCCCGGCUCCGCCAAAGGUGCGCCCAGUGUCGCAGCCAUGGUUGCCUCUGUCGACUCCUCUCUCGGACAAUGGCCAGCAGAAAUCCGCAUCCAGAAUGAAGCUCGCAACGAGAUGGUCGACGCUCUCGACUCUAUGCUCAAGGAACAUCUCCGCCGCUGGGCCAAUAGCCACAAAAAAGCAUACCCGGAGAACAUUAUCGUCUACCGCGAUGGUGUCUCAGAGGGUCAGUACGACCUUGUUACAAGCAAGGAACUGCCCCUCCUUAAAUCCGCCUGCAGGGCAGUUUACCCGGCCGAUUUAACAGCAAAAGGUCUGCCUCGAUUCUCAAUAAUAAUUGUCGGCAAGCGUCACCAUACCCGCUUCUAUCCGACCCGCCAGGAGGACGCUGACCGUUCCAACAACCCCAUCCACGGCACAGUCGUCGAUCGCGGUGUCACAGAAGCUCGCAACUGGGACUUCUUCCUCCAGGCUCAUACCGCACUCAAGGGAACUGCGCGCCCAGCACACUAUUACACCGUCUGGGACGAAAUCUUCCUCAACCUGAAGCCAACCCUUCCCGCGCAAAACACAGCUGACAUCCUCGAGGCAAUGACCCACCACAUGUGCUAUCUAUUCGGUAGAGCAACCAAGGCCGUCAGCAUCUGUCCGCCAGCCUAUUACGCCGAUCUAGUCUGCACCCGUGCCCGGUGCUACCUAAGUCGUGCGUUUGAACCAGAAACCCCCAGCGGCAGUGUCGUCGGCAGCGAAGACCCCGGCGUCACGGUUGAGAGUUCAGAAGUUUUGAUCCAUCCAAAUGUUAAGGAUACGAUGUUCUACAUCUAG